ACAACAACAGGAUUAUUCUAAAGUGCUACCUGCCUACCUGAGCAACAUUGCAACUAUAAGUAAUAAAGCAAUAAUUCCUAAUCGAUAAUUUCACAAAAAGAGAUACGUCACAACAGAUGGGAAAACGCUAUAUAUCAACUUUUUUUUGUUAAAACAGCAAAAUUAUCAUUUUUACUGUUGGAGCCAGCUAAAACUAUUAAAUAUGAGAACACUUAUGAGAUCCAGGAGACGGUUAGCAUACAUUUUCGGUGUAUUCGCUGGUGUUUUAUUAAUGUUUUUAAUAAAGAGAUUCCCUAGUUGCAAAAGUAUUUUAUUUCAACACAAGUGUAUUGAUUGUUCAUCACUUUAUAAACCAAGAAAUGAUAUUUAUAUUGGUAUUUUAUCGUCAAAAGAGUUUUUAGACCGAAGAGUAAAAUUCAUUCAAGCAUCUUGGGGAGUAGCAGCUCUUCCUCAUUUACAUUUUUAUAUGAAUCACACAAAUAGUGCUAAACUCCCAGUUAUUCGUUUACAAGGAGUUAGAGACGAUGAAUACCCACCAAGGAGAAAAGUUUUUAGAAUGCUUGAACAUUGGUGUUCUCAUUUCGUUGAUAGCUAUAAUUGGUUUAUUAGAGCAGAUGAUGAUUCCUACAUUAAAAUUGAUCGCCUAAAGACAUUUCUACAUAGUUUGGAUAGUGAGAAAAAAUGGUACAUAGGUCAGAGUGGUGAAGGUAAACAGGAAAAGAGAGGAAAAAUUGGUUUCCCUCCCGGCUACUUUUAUUGUAUGGGAGGUCCUGGUAUGAUAUUUAGCAGAGGAUUAUUAAAAAGUAUUUGCCCUCAUCUAAACGAAUGCCAAAGUUUAAAUGUGACUGAGCACGAAGAUAUUGAGGUUGGGAGGUGUGUACUAGAGAAAGCAAAAGUAAGCUGUACAAGUAGCUAUGAAAUGAUGAAGCUUUUCUAUGCCCAUUAUAGCGAAAAUAAUAAAUCUUUCAAAUCAAAAAUGGAAGGCGCUACUGGUAAAGCAGUUCUUAAGGCUCUCACAAUUCAUCCAUUGAAAGAUGCUAUGUAUUCGUAUAGAAUCCAUGCAUUUAUCCUAAAUGCAAAAGCUCAAGAAUUACGUAAUAAAAUAUAUUCUAUACUCGCGCUAAAUAAUUAUACAAAUUCCUUCUUGGAUCCCUCUAAUGAUAUUUGGAAAAAUGAUAAACCAUGGACUAACGUCUGGAAAGGUUAUAGACAUUAUCAAACAAACUUUGAAGAUCAAAGAAAACGACUGUUUGGUGUUAGGCGAUCAAAAGUUAGAGAGGCUGCUUUAAAGUCGUUACAAUACCUACGACGUUAUCAAGAUAAGCCUGUGAAAUAUUUGCGUAGCAUUUAUACUAAUCUAAAACCAAAUUUUGGUAUCUGUUACGAAAUACAUAUAAGACUACAUGAAAAUGUUUUAGCAAAUGUUGGUGGUAUAGAAAAGUUCGAGUCAUUAAUGUCUAGAGAGGUCCACAUCAAUUCAGAAGAAUUAUUGACUGUUAUUGUACCAUUUUCGGGUAGAUCGGAAGCCUUAAAGCGAUUUUUAAAAACUUGGAGAAGCUUGAAAGAUUUAAGUGAGAAUGUUAGGCUAUUAAUUGCACAAUCUGAGAAUAGUAGAGAGUUAAAUGUAGAUGAAUCCCUUAACGAUCUCAAGAGUGAAGCAAACAUUGAAACAUUAACAGUAUAUGGAAACUUUUCGCGAGGUGUUCUUUUGCAUACUGCUGUAAAAAACUCUAUAGAGAGCGGCAUAGUAUGCUUUAUUGACGUUGAUAUUAAACUAGGAAAUGGAAGCUUGGUUAAAAUGCGAAGAAACACUAAAAAACAUGAAACAGCUUUUCUACCUAUUAUGUUCAGUGAAUUUGAUCCUAGAUUCUCUUCAAAUCUAUCUGAUAUAUAUCACAAAGAUUCCGGUUAUUGGAGGGAAUCGAGUUUUGGUCAACUUUGCGUACAUAGAGAUGAUUACUUAAUGUCAGGAGGAUUUCCCCAAAAUAUAAAAGGAUGGGGAAAAGAAGAUAUUGAAUUAGGAGAUCAUUUAAUAUCUAAGGCAAAUCUACGAAUGUUUAGAUCUGCCGAUCCUGGCCUGAUACAUAAAUACCAUCCAAUUCAUUGUGAUAAGAUUGAAAAUAGAAAACAAAAAAAAAUGUGUUCUGCUGUCAAAUCAAAAACUUUCGCCUCCAGAAAUACCUUAGCAAUACAUGUCGACAAUGUUUUAGGUUUGCAAAAAACAGAAACUGAAGAAUAUCAAAAUAAUAUUGCCUAUGAAAGAUAAUACUUUAACUAUCUUCAUUCAGAGUCAUCAAAUUGAGAUUGCUAUUCAGACAACUAUCAAAUUGUAUCCCAUCAAUUCAGAUAGAUGGAAAAUUAGCUAUCGUCUUAUUUAUCAAACAGCCAAUUAGAAGCUAAUGUUAAUGAAAAUAUAGAAGAAAUUAUCAAAAGUUUUAAUUUCUAUUUAUCUUUUUUUUUUGCCUAUUUUAAUGACGAUUAUAUUUUUUCAGAAUAAGGUCACUUUAUUGUUGAAUAAUAUCUCCUUGUUCGUAUAUAAAUAACAGCGAAGACUUGUUUUAUUUAAAAAAAAUAAAAGAAUAAUAACCAUGCUUUUAUAACAUUGGAAAAUAAUAUUAUUGUCUAUAUUUGUUUUUUUUUUCUUUUCUUUCUUUUGUGUAAGCUUUUUUUAUGCCUCUAAUGUUGUUAUUUCGUCUGCUUUUACCUUUUCCACAUCAUAUGUGAUGUUUUUAAAGCCAUUUUAGCAAUAAUUUUAAAUAUACAACGUGUAA